AUGGAACGGCACAUCAACGAAGAGUCAGAGAGGGCGAUGCAGUGUCUCGACGAGUCAAAUGAGGUUCCAAUCUUGCAGGUGAUAGAGAAAGAGCUCAUCUGGAAGCAUAUGAAGGCCAUCGUGGACAUGGAAGACUCGGGCGUCGAGCAUAUGCUCAAGAACCAGAUGAUUGAUGAACUGACUCGAUUGUUCCGGUUCCUCAAGCGCGUUCCGGGUGGCGUCAAAACGUUGCUUGACUGCGAAAAAUACCUUUUCGAGCGCUACUACAAGCAGCAUCUGUCCAAACGGCUUCUGCUCAACAAGAGCGCGUCAGACGAAGUCGAGAGAACGAUGGUCGCCAAGCUCCGAAAUGAAUGUGACUGUCUCUUCACAUACAAAAUGGAAGCCAUGUUCAAGGACAUGAACACCUCUUGUAACAUGAUGCACCAGUUCAAGGAAGCAGUUUCCUCUUGCAGAGUGGACUUGCACGGGGUCGACAUAAACUUGCGCGUGCUCACGACGGGCUUCUGGCCCCUGGCUGCAGUCACGCAGCAAACCACAUCUAGGCUGGGCAGAUCUGAACGCAGUUCAGAUCUGCCCGUGCUUAUCAAGACGCCCGCCUCAAACGAGAUCGAGAGUGACCCCAUUUUUACCGUUAACGAAGCCUUCACGUCCAACCUCCAGAAGGUCAAGAUUGAGUUGACGUCCAGUAAAAAGAACACUGCACCACAGGAAAAUGAGCCAGCGGUUAACCUUGACGAAGACCGAAGGUAUGAACUAGAAGCGGCCAUUAUAAGAGUAAUGAAGGCUCGCAAGACGCUGUCGCACGAAGACCUUCUCGCUGAGAUGACGAAGUUGCUUCAAACCAGAUACACUCCCAGUCCUGCUGCAUUCAGGAAGAGAGAUGCUCUCGUAGAGCGGGAGUACCUCGAGAAGGCCGGCGAGAAUACAGAAGUGUACAACUAUGUGCCAUAA